GGGCGGGCCUUCCGGGUGUGUGUUUCCGGCGUCGGCGGCCGCGGCCGGGGACGGUGUGAGAGCGGUAAGAUGGCGGCGGCAGCGGUGGUAGAGUUCCAGAGAGCCCAGUCUCUACUCAGCACCGACCGGGAGGCCUCCAUCGACAUCCUCCACUCCAUCGUGAAGCGUGACAUUCAGGAAAAUGAUGAGGAGGCAGUGCAGGUCAAAGAGCAGAGCAUCCUUGAACUGGGGUCUCUCCUGGCAAAGACUGGACAAGCUGCAGAGCUUGGGGGACUCCUGAAGUAUGUACGACCCUUCUUGAAUUCCAUCAGUAAGGCUAAAGCAGCUCGCCUAGUCCGGUCUCUUCUUGAUCUGUUUCUUGAUAUGGAAGCAGCUACAGGGCAGGAGGUUGAGUUGUGUUUAGAGUGCAUUGAAUGGGCCAAAUCAGAGAAAAGGACUUUCUUACGCCAAGCUUUGGAGGCAAGACUGGUGUCUUUGUACUUUGAUACCAAGAGGUACCAGGAAGCUUUGCAUUUGGGUUCUCAGUUGCUGCGGGAGUUGAAAAAGAUGGAUGACAAAGCCCUUUUGGUGGAAGUACAACUUUUAGAAAGCAAAACAUACCAUGCCCUGAGCAAUCUGCCGAAAGCUCGAGCUGCCUUAACCUCUGCUCGAACCACAGCAAAUGCCAUCUACUGUCCCCCUAAAUUGCAGGCCACCUUGGACAUGCAGUCAGGUAUUAUCCAUGCAGCAGAGGAGAAGGACUGGAAAACUGCAUACUCAUACUUUUAUGAGGCAUUUGAGGGUUAUGACUCCAUCGAUAGCCCCAAGGCCAUCACAUCUUUGAAGUACAUGUUGCUGUGCAAAAUCAUGCUCAACACCCCAGAAGAUGUCCAGGCUUUGGUGAGCGGGAAACUUGCACUUCGGUAUGCAGGGAGGCAGACAGAAGCAUUAAAAUGUGUGGCUCAGGCUAGCAAGAACAGAUCGCUGGCAGAUUUUGAAAAGGCCCUGACAGAUUACCGGGCAGAGCUCCGGGAUGACCCAAUCAUCAGCACACACUUGGCCAAGUUGUAUGAUAACUUACUGGAGCAGAAUCUGAUCCGAGUCAUUGAACCUUUUUCUCGAGUACAGAUUGAACACAUAUCUAGCCUCAUCAAACUCUCUAAGGCCGAUGUGGAAAGAAAAUUAUCACAGAUGAUUCUUGACAAGAAGUUUCAUGGGAUUUUGGACCAAGGGGAGGGUGUCCUGAUUAUUUUCGAUGAACCCCCAGUAGAUAAAACUUAUGAAGCUGCUCUGGAAACAAUUCAGAACAUGAGUAAAGUAGUGGAUUCCCUCUACAACAAAGCCAAGAAACUGACAUAGAAUUGGAUCUGUAGCGGUCCUUUGGAGAGUGUGUGUGGCGGGAGAGUGAAACCUUGGGGCAAAAUGCUAGGAGAUUUCUUUUUUCUUUUUGUUCUACUUUUCGCUCGGAAAGUUUUUAAAUCCUCAUUUGGUGCAUCUGUAUUCCAACCCAUAGGUGUGCCAGUUUUCAUGUAAUCUUUACUGGCCCAACUUGGGAGUGGGAAAUUGCUUUAAAAAAAAAAAAAAAGAAAGAAAAAAAAGAUUAUUCUAAAUAAAAGGAAAAAGGCUUACACUACCUAAAGCUGUGCUCUCUGCCUCCUGGGAGAGGGCCGCAAAGCCAGACACCCCGCCAACCACUGGGGGCCCUAAUCUACCCGCUGGGCGUCACCUCUCCUCUUCUUCAGAAUUGGGUGUUUGCUGACCAUCAAAAGCAAUGACUUUUUAUUCUGUUUGUACUGAACCAAAACAAACAACUGUGUAUAGACUGCUAUUUUCUUUUUUAUUUGAAAUGAGGCGUUUCGAUGUUCUUUCCCUUGCCAUUUGGCCUGUCCAUCCUUCCUUUCCUGAUAUUGGCUCCAGCAGACUAGCCGAAGGUCCUUCCACUACCGCCACUGCCGCCGCCGCCGCCGCCGCCGCCGCAGCAGCAGCACCUACAAGGCUCCGCUCUGACCUGUGAAAGGAAUGGGGACAAGGCCAGGAGCUAGUGUCCACCACGGCCACACAGGGAGCAGCGUGGGCCCUCAGCCCCCAGGGGACCUGCUGUGCAUGUGGCUUUUUUUAACACAGUAAUUAGAUUAGAUGUCAGUGUUUUAACUGCCCCUCUUCUCUGUCCUCUACUCUUCUUUCUCUUCUCUUUCCCCUUUCUCAAUCAGGAGACCACUUUUUCCUUCCCUCUCCUACUCCUCCUCUCCUGCUGUCAGAUGGAUUUAUUCCUUUUUAAAACAGUGAACAUCGGAAAUGAGACUGUGGGCUGUUUUUGUUUUAUUUUGUUUUUUUAAUUUUCUCUGUUGGGUUUUCAAGCAACCUCAUGUCUCCUUUCCAGGGAGCGUCUUUAUUUACCUCUUAGAACUCGAAUGGAUGGGCGGUAGAGCACUGUAUUUCAGCAUGCUUUGUUUUCUGAUAUGAUUACAUAGCAAGGCUUUAAUGCCAUUUGGGCAGGUAAGCUUCAGCACCUUGUCGCUGUGCUCAACAAUAUUUUCUUCUCUCAUCUUCUCUUUUUUCUUCUCCCCCUCUUCCUGUCUCCUUCCUGCUGGCCUCCUUUUCUCUUUCUUUACCUUUCUCAGAUUAUCCUUCCAGGUUUUCGUAAUAAAUUUAUAUUUUGUAAAAGGAUUUUGUUGUACCAGGUUUUGCAUCUUCACUGAAUCUGACUGGCUUUUAUUUUCCUCUCUGAAAUCAGGUUUUUGUUCUUAACAUCUUCUCUCCCCAUCAUGUCCAGUCACUGUUUUGGUUUUGGCACCAUCAAUAUCCAAUGUACAAACGGUUCUUGCUAACCAACACCGGGUAUAUCUGAUGUUCAGAUGAGUUCCAAUAAAAUAAUUUUUUUUUCAAAA